CUUCGACUUCCCCUUUGAGGAAUCGCGACCUCCAGAGUCCGGACAGAUAGUCCAGAUAUCUUCAGGAGGCUCCAUCGACAGCGACAUUUCACCAGCACGACACACCAUGAAGGCCUCCAUAAUUGCGUCCGGCCUCCUGGCCUGCCUAUCCCCAUUUGUUUCUGCGACUGCCCUCACAUACAAACUCGGUGCGAACGAGAAGGCGUGCUUCUUUUCCAACAUUGAAAACAAGGGAUCGAAGAUUGCAUUUUACUUCGCUGUUCAAGCAGGGGGAUCCUUCGAUGUCGAUUAUGAGGUUCGAGGGCCGUUCCACAAUGUAAUCAUGGAUGGGCAGAAGGAGAGGCAAGGUGAUUUCGUCUUCACGGCGACUGAGACUGGAGAAUACAGCUUCUGCUUCAACAACCAGAUGAGCACAUUCGCGGAGAAAUUCGUUGACUUCGAAAUCGCUGUCGAGAACGAACAACGCGCCUCAUUACCUGCGAAGCAGGGCACAUCGCCCGAACAGACAUCCGCGCUCGAGGAGUCCAUUUUCAAGCUUUCAGGUCAACUCUCAACGAUCACAAGGAACCAGAAGUACUUCCGUACCAGAGAAAAUCGCAACUUCAGCACAGUCAGAAGUACUGAGAGAAGAAUAUUUAACUUCAGCGUUAUUGAAAGUCUGAUGAUGGUUUGCAUGGCUGGCUUGCAGGUGUUCAUUGUCCGCUUCUUCUUCCAGGGAGCGAGAAAGGGGUAUGUGUAAACUACUGGGGCUUGGAAAAGGCAUGCAUACUGGAGCGACUGGGUAAACGGCGCGGGAAAGUCUGGGUUUGUAAUUUUAUAUUGAGUGCCUAAGGUGAUAGGGGUGGCCAUGCUGUCGUGGCAUACAAAUUGAUAUUGCUUUCUGUCCUACCAAUUAUGAGAUUCUUACAUGAGCCACCGAAUCUAGUUAUCCGCUUCUUGUCAACCGGCAUCUCCCAAAAAACCUCGUGAGACCACUGUCUCUUUGCC